CACGCUCCCUAACUUUUCUCUUACUGCCCCUGGCUGUAGGCUGAUAAAACAGCUCUCCUUGGAGCAUCUUUGUUAGACUUCACCUGCUGUUAUAGAACCAGCUGACAGUCCUGAAGAACUAAUGAGAUUCAUGUGAGAAAUUAAUAACCUUCCGCCGGGUCCUCCUCCUCCUCCAGCAGCCGGUGCGGCGCCAGUCAGAGGCAGCAGGACCCGACCAUCUGAAACGGAGAGGGGGUUGUCGGAUAAGCCGCUUCCAGCCCCGUAGAUAGGCCUAAUGGUGCAAAGUAAGGACGCCGUCCUGAGCUCAACGGAAUAUGACGCAUAAAAAGCUGUCGUUCGCUGCCACGGCCGUCUGAAGCAAACCUGAAGGGAUGUUCACCCUCACAGAAGUAGCUUCUUUGAAUGACAUCCAGACAACCUACAGGAUCCUGAAACCAUGGUGGGAUGUCUUUAUGGAUUAUCUGGGUAUUGUUAUGCUGAUGUUGGCUAUAUUUUCUGGAACCAUGCAGCUAACCAAAGACCAAGUGGUUUGUCUUCCUAUCUUGGAACAAACCCCAGAAGGGUCUGGAGUUUUUAUGGGAACUCAAACACAAGACCCGGCUGAUCGUUUCUGGAACAAAGAAAAUGCCAUCGGGGAACAAGCUGCUCCUCUGAUGGCUAAAAGGCCUCCUAACAUUAUCACUCCUACAACUCACUUCACACAAUCUCCUGCUUUUGGGCAGCCUCAGUCUGCUGAUGUCAGGACCAAGCUAGAUUUUCAGCAGUAUGUUUUUGUCAACCAGAUGUGCUAUCAUGUUGCUCUUCCAUGGUAUUCUAAAUAUUUCCCAUACCUUGCUCUAAUUCACACUAUUGUAUUAAUGGUUAGCAGCAAUUUUUGGUUUAAAUACCCAAAAACAAGUUCAAAAGUAGAACAUUUUGUUUCCAUUCUGGGCAAAUGUUUUGAAUCCCCCUGGACUACUAAAGCUCUGUCCGAGACUGCGUGCGAGGACUCUGAGGAGAACAAGCAAAGGCUGGCUGGUGCGUCCUCUCUCCUAAAACAUUUGUCCACAUGCAGCGAGGAGGGCAGUCCCAACCAAUCGGCCCAAAUGUUGUCUAAAUCUGGGGUUGCCUUUUCUGCUGAAAAGCUUGUGAGCGAAAUCCCAUCCAUGACUAUACUGGACAAAAAAGAUGGUGAACAAGCUAAGGCUUUGUUUGAGAAAGUCCGGAAAUUUCGUGCCCAUGUGGAAGACAGUGACUUGAUUUAUCGGCUCUAUGCAAUUCAGACAGUCAUCAAAACUGUAAAAUUUAUUUUGAUCUUGUGUUACACAAUGACUUUUGUGGCAUCCAUCAACUUUAAUCAUGUGUGUGAACCCGAAAUAAAGCAUUUGACUGGAUAUGUAAAGUUCCAAUGUACACAUAAUAUGGCUUUUAUGUUAAAGAAGCUUCUUGUCUGUUAUAUUGUGCUUAUAUGCGUUUAUGGUGUUAUCUGCAUUUACACACUGUUUUGGCUUUUUCGACGACCUCUAAAGGAGUAUUCCUUUGAAAAAGUGCGAGAGGAGAGCAGUUUCAGUGACAUUCCUGAUGUCAAGAAUGAUUUUGCAUUUCUCCUCCACAUGGUGGACCAGUAUGACCAAUUGUAUUCAAAGCGUUUUGGGGUUUUUCUUUCUGAGGUCAGUGAAAACAAACUUCGGGAGAUCAGCCUUAACCAUGAGUGGACCUUUGACAAGUUGCGACAGCACGUGACCCGCAAUCCUCAAGACAAGUUGGAACUUCAUCUUUUUAUGCUGUCUGGUGUACCAGAUGCUGUGUUUGACCUUACUGACUUGGACAUCCUGAAACUAGAAUUAAUUCCAGAGGCCAAGAUGACUGCUAAGAUCUCCCAAAUGAUCAACCUUCAAGAGUUGCACCUGUACCACUGUCCAGCCAAAGUUGAGCAGAAUGCUUUCAUUUUCCUCUGUGAUCACAUCCGGUGCCUUCAUGUCAAAUUCACAGAUGUUGCUGAAAUUCCUAGCUGGGUAUACUUGUUGAAACAUCUGCAGGAGUUGUAUUUGGUGGGUAGCCUGAACUCUGAGAACAACAAACUGAUCGGACUUGAGUCUCUGCGCGAUCUCAGGCACUUAAAGAUUUUACAUCUUAAAAGCAACCUGACCAAGAUCCCGACAAACAUAACAGAUCUGUCCUCACAUCUGCUGAGAUUAGUUAUUCAUAACGAUGGCACAAAGCUUGUAGUGCUGAACACUUUGAAAAAAAUGAUCAAUCUUGCAGAGCUGGAGCUUCAUAACUGUGAGCUAGAGCGAAUACCGCAUGCAAUUUUCAGUUUGAACAACCUUCAGGAACUUGAUCUGAAGUCCAACAACAUUCGGACCAUUGAGGAGGUCAUCAGCUUCCAGCAUCUCAAAAGACUAACUUGCCUCAAACUUUGGUACAACAAAAUCAUCAGUAUACCAUUGUCAAUAAGUCAUGUCAAAAACCUGGAGUCGCUCUAUUUCUCACACAACAAACUGGAAUCUCUGCCCUCUUCAUUAUUUACUCUUCUCAAGUUGAGAUACCUUGAUGUUAGCCAUAAUUCCAUCGCGGUGAUACCACCUGAGGUAGGCUUUCUGCAGAAUCUCCAACAUUUUAGCAUUGCAAGCAACAAAGUUGAGGUAGUCCCAAAGCAACUAUUCAAGUGCACCAUGCUAAAGACAUUAUGCCUCGGCCACAACCGCAUCACCUCCAUUCCAGAGAAAAUUGGCCACCUCUCACAGCUCACACACCUGGAAUUAAAGGGGAACUGUCUUGAGCAUCUUCCAGUUCAGCUUGGUCGCUGCAGUCUUCUCAACAGGAGCUGCUUGGUGGUAGAAGACCAUCUCUUUGACUCGCUCCCUAUUGAAGUCAAAGAGAACAUAAAUCAGGAAGCUAGCAUUACUUUUGCAAACGGAUGUAAAUGUCUAAGUGAAGGACGGUAGUAACAAUGCAUAAUAUGCAUUCCAUAUUUGGUUUUAUUCAAAGUGUACAACUGAAAGAAACUAAUUCAGCACACCCUAUAGUUUAGCUGUUAAUUGUAUUAUGUAGCAAAUUUAGCAGUUAGUUUUAAAGUUUGUGUAAUGUCUGACUUGUUUUUAGUGUAACGUGAACACGUUGGCAACUGAAAAACAUUGGUAUUCUCUUUGAUUCCCUUUCCCCCCUGCUUAAAUGCCUAUAAUAGAUUUAAAAAAAAAUUCUUAAACUUAAAAAAAAUUAUUUUGAAUUAAUUUGAGGUAUCUCUAAAUUAAUUCACUGUAACCUAUUGUCCACAUGUUGAACUUUUAAGUUGUAUUGGCUGCAUAUUGCACAGGCUGUUAUCGCAAUGACAAUAUAUUUUUUAAUAUAUUGUGCGGCCCUACUUGUCUGAUUAUAAAAUCUAAAGUUACAAUCAAUGUAGUAUUGAUAACUUUCUUAUACCUUUUAUAAGGAAGGAAAUUCAGACCUCUGUUUUUGCUUGUCACCGCUUUCAUAUCAGCACCUUACCAAUAAUGAUAAUACCCAGAUAAAUCAUACAUCCAGAAUAUUUGUCCAAAAGACAACAAGGAGCUCAAUUAUCCCUCGCUCAGACGUGGGUUACUGGGACCUUGCCCUGGAGCCAGGCCUGGGAGAAAGGUUCAUAUGUGAGUGCCUGGUGACCGGGUCGUGCUUGGUCAGGUUCAGCACAAAUGAGUUACAUGUGUUUGCUUUCUUUUGGGCCCACAACCACUGUGACUUUGAGUUAGGGGUCAGUCUCUAACUUGCGUUUGUGCUGAACUGCAGCCCAGAGUAUCCACCCUCUUUGAAGUUUUAAAUGGGAAUGCUGGAAGCAAACUGCUCUGGCUGGGAACUCCUUUAUUUUGCUCGGAGCCAUCAGCCAUCAAUGCCCAUGUGGGUAGUGACAGUGACCAGAAGGACAUGAUUGGGAAGUACGCCUGACAGAAGUACCAUUCAAAAGGAUCUUUAGCUCCCACCUCAGAGAGAGCUUCAAUCUCAUCCCAACGAAGGCGAGACACAUUAAGUCCAUGUGGGCCAUGUUCCAUGCCAUCAUUGUCAAGUCAGCUGUCUUGAGUGGUUUUUGUGGUUGCAAGGGUUUCAGUGUCUCUCAUAGCAGUCAUCAUUGAGACUGUCAAGCAUUGUUAACUGGUAUGACUCCAGAGGCAGUAGAGGGAUAUUGGCGGGCCAAAGAAGUUAUAGCCCUGGCUGUUGCCAAGGAGGAGUUUGGUGAGGCCUUGUUUGGAGAGUCAACCUGUCUCAUGAAGAUUCUGGCAAACCAUCAAGCAGAUGAGACAGGGAGGGCAGUAGUUCAUCAACACUGUGUACAGAAGAGGUGGGGUGGUUGACCUCAACCUGUGAUGUUGUUGAGUGGUGGAAGGAAUACUUUGUGGACCUUCUCAAUCCCACCAGCGUGUCUCCAAAGGUGGAAGCUAAGUCGCUGGACUUAGGGUUAGUCUGUCCAUAACCAGGACUAAGGUCACCUAUGUAGCUAAACUUGAUUGCAGCAGGGCUCUUGGUGUGGACAAACUCUACCAUGAAUUCCUCAUGGUUCUGGGUGUUGCUAGGCUGUCUUGGUCUUAUUUUGGGGAUGAAAGAGUGUUUUUUAAUUACUAGGGCAUCACUCUCCUCAGUCUCACAGAUGAGGUCUGUUCAGGUGUGCUGGACAAUGUUUGAAUCUCAGAUUCAGGAGGAACUGUGUGGGUUUUGUCCUGAAACACUAGACAAACAUAUUACUCUCCCUAGGGUUCUCAAGGACGCAUGGGAGUUUGCCCAAUCAGUCUACAUUGUUGACUUGGAAAAGGCAUUUGAUUGUGUUCCCCAGUGUUCACUAUUGGAGGUUCUUCAUGAAUUUUGGGCUUGGGGGUCAGUUGCUAAAAACCAUUCAGUUCCUAUCCAAACAGUUAAAGAGUUUAGUUUGCAUUGCUGGCAGUAAGACAGACUCCUUACUGGGAUCUGACUUACUGCCAGCAAUUCAAACUGGUGGAAAUGGGCGGAUGGAUGUAUGGAAGUCAGGCCUCCCUACUGUUACUGUAUUUACUGAGCACUUUACAGUCACUGUGUCAGAUUAACGUAAAUCAAAAAUAUUCACCUACUUAGCUUUUGAAAUUUAAAUUGUUUCUUGCACAGAAACUACUUUUUUGUAACCAUUUUACUGAUACAACCCUUUAAAACUUCUUACUAGACUUACUACGUCUGGCAACAGAAAAUGUAAAAAAACAGCACCUGAAAUUUAAUUUCAUUUUCUACAUUUGAAUAUGCAAGUACAAUACCAAACAAAGUAUAUACACAAUUUAUGUGUGGGUUUCACCUUAAGAUUCAUGUUUUGUGGUGUUUUCCAUAAAAAAGUUAUUUCUCAAGUCUUUAAACAUGCCAUAAUUUUUAAUUAGUAUUUUCAACCUCUAUGAUAACCAAAAAGUCACUUUCCUGUAGCUUUGCUUUUAUGUCAGUAAUUUUAUGUUGGAAACAAUUUUUUGUUCUGUAAUUUGUGUGUAUUUUCUAUUUGUUUGUUUUGCAUUGCACUUUUUAAGGCUGAAUUUAACAAUAUGCUCUAUUGCUGAUAAAAUAAAAAAAAUGCUAUAAA